AUGAUUUACUCUACCAUUGCCGGGCUUUUGCUCACGCUCACAUCGGUCGCCACCGCAUCAGCAUUGCCUCAAGCCAACACGUUGGAGUCCAGACAAGCGGCUUCGGUCUCGACGAUUACUUUCUCAGAGCCGAUCCUCGCACCGCACGUUAUAUCAACCUUCCCCAACGGCACUUGGGUCGAGAACCUCGUUCCCCGUUCCGAGGACGGCAACUUUGUGGCCACUCUUCUUUCAGCACCAGAAGUAUACCUCCUAUCAUCUACAAACGCCUUCCCGCCACUCCUCCUUGCCCAGUUCCCUGCACACACCGGGGUUCUCGGUGUCGUGGAGCUGGGCCACGACAUCUUCUACGCCGUUGUCGGCAACUUCUCGGUGAAAACCUUCACGUCCACCCCCGGGAGCUAUGGCAUCUUCAAGAUCGACCUGAACGGCCACACCGCCGGUGCCCGCACGGCUGGUCACGGAAAGCUUUCGAAGCAACUGGCCAAGGGCGUCAAGGUCGCAAAGGUCGCCGAUCUACCCAACGCGGGUCUCCCGAACGGGCUGACCGUGCUGAACCCCAACACCGGCAUCCUCUUGGUCGCUGACUCGGCCAAAGGCCUCGUCUGGUCCGUCAACGUCUUCACGGGACACACUGCCAUUGCGGUCAACGACCCGUCCAUGGCGCCAAACGCGACCCUCUCGGGCGGACUGGCCCUGGGCAUCAACGCCGUCAGCUUCUCCAACGGCUAUCUCUACUACGACAACUCCAACUCGGUCACCUUCAACCGCAUCCCCGUCAACUCCACCACCGGCCACGCCACCGGCCCCGCAGAAGUUCUCGCUGACCAAGAGUUCGCCAACAUCUUCCCCGACGACUUCACGCUCGAUUUCGCCGGCGGUCUCUGGUUUGCGUGCGAGUACGGACACAUCGCCUAUCUCUCGGGCGUGGGCGCCGGCACAUUCCAACCCGACAUCGUGGCCGUGGCGGGAAACACGACCGGUCCUGUCGGCUUGACGUCUGCCAAGUUCGGCACGAGCGCCGAGGACUUGAAGAGGGGAUCGUUGUACGUCGCCACGAACGGUGGUCCGUUCACCUAUGGCGGCGCGCACCCCGCCCAGGGCCAGCUGGUGAGGUACGACACGGCCUUGCUGGGCUUCUACUAA